CAGCAAGAGAGGAGAACAAACUGCUAACAAGGUAAAAAUUCAAAAAACAAUAUAACACAAUUUAACAAUGAUUUGAAAGUGGGAAUGGAAAUGUGUUUUCACUUUCUGAGAGAGAGAGAGAGAGAGAGGAGUUCGUUUUUUAUUUAAACUAUCUUAAUUAAGGAUAAAAUACAUUUAUCUUGUUUGGGUCAACUGGUUAUGGUCGUGUAUCUAAAUAGGCCUAUUAAAUAGAGUGCAUCAGGGCAACGUGAAAUAUGCAGCUUACUAAAUGACAUGUUUUAGCCAGAGGGUGUUGGACAUGUGGCACAGGCUCCUGCUGCUCUUACUAUUUAUGUGCUCUCAGAAAUAACUCAACUUGAACUGAUAUGCUCAUUAUUCCGCUCUGUAAUACAUAAAAUACUUAAGGGUCAGAUUCCAUCAAGUAGCCAUGACAGAUUUAUACUGUCACUUUAAUUAUAUGGACAUGCUCACAGACAAAUGUUUUGAAGAUGUGAGAAUUCAAAUACAUUAUGAAUUGCAUCUGCCUUUUAGUCCAAAGCAUUUUGUCACUGUUGAUGUACACAACAUUAAAUAUUGAACCGGCACUAUAUUUUGAUGUACAGUAUAAACGUUUUAAAAAGUACUCUGUAAGGACAGUUGAAAGAUGCUACAAAUCUCACACACUUUUCUCUGUACUAUAAGCGGUAUUUGGAGUAUCAUCAUAUCCAUGGAGGACAGGGGAGAGAGGGAAGAGCCUGCAGCCGGUCUGCACUUUGUGGGCUUGAAGGAGGACCUGAUAAAAGCCAAGCGGUCGUUCAGGACCCUGGAGGGCAGGGAUAUUCUGGUGCUCUAUCACCAGGAGAUCUUCUAUGCUCUGGACUUCCACUGUUACCGUGAGUAGAAUAAAUGGUCCCUCCAGAUCUGUUUGUGCUGUCUUGCCAAUUGCAAUUACCAACUCCUAUGUCAUUAGCCUUGUAUAUGUGGAGCUAACAUGCGUCUUUUGUCCUGAUCUUGUCCACAUUAUGAUUGUGCCCACAUUUUUAAAAAAGAUGUAGACGAUUAAAAUACGUAUUGUGAUCUAACUGUGAUCAGAUCUUCUUGCCUACCUACGGAGGUACACUCUUAGAAAAAAAGGUUAUAUCUAGACCCCAACAGGGUUCUUCGGCUGUCCCCAUAGGAGAACCCUUUGAAGAACCCCUUUUGGUUCCAGAUGGAACCAUUUUGGUUCCAGGUAGAACCCUUUUGGGUUCCAAGUAGAACCCUUUCCACAGAGGGUUCUACAUGGAACCCAAAAUAGUUCUACAUGAAACCAAAAAGAGUUCUACCUGGAACUAAAAAUGGUUCUUCAAAGGGUUCUCCUAUGGGACAGCCACAGAGCCCUUUUGGAACCCUUUUUUCUAAGACUGUAGUCAGGAACCCAUUGUAUCUGGAUAUUUUACAACAGAUCUGGAGGGUCAAACCAUUUAAAUCAUCAAUAUACCACCCUGUAAAAUAAUUGACAGGUGCCGCAAGUCUGCACAAACAGAUCUUUGACUCGAGCUAAUUCAGAGAUGCAUUCUGCAACAUUUUCAGUAGCCAUUGUUUAUAUAUGUCAAUUUUUUUAAAUCUAACUAAUGAAAUAAAUGCACUUCGGGAGCAUCUCACUAACAGUGUGGUAGAUUUACUUUGCUAUCUAUGGGAUAUUUUCCCACAUAACAUCGGUAUGGUGUGUCCAGUCAGCAAAUUGUUACAGUGCCAUAAACUGUUUUCUUAUUCUGCAAUACUCUGAUCCUCUCCUCUUUGGACAGAUGCUGGGGGACCAUUGCAAAAUGGAGACAUAGAGGUGAGUGACUUAGUAUUGUAAGCUUGAUCCAAAUAAAUCUAUUUAUUCUUUGAUGUAAUCAAUAUCUCAGGUACCAUAUACAGCCGUGGUGCCUUUGAGCAAGGCACUUAACCCCCAAACUGCUCCAGGGUCGCUGCUCUGCAGCUGACCCUGUGCUGCUACCAGCCUUUGUAUGUGUGUGUUUGUGUGUUCAUGUGUGUGUGUGUGUGUGCAGGGCUGUAACCAGGGUUUGAGCUUUAGUGAGGUCCCCCACCCCCUCCGCAGUGAGGAUUUUUUUCAAAAGUUGAAGCUCAUUUACUGCAUUUCUAUACAAUUUAAACACUUUAAAAUGCUAUUGGGAGAACAACAAAAACAAGCAAAAAUUACCCCAGCCAUUAUCACAUUGGCUAAUGUAGGUUCAUUCACCUCAGUCGAGCUAUAAACACAUAGCCUAUUAGCUAUACAAUUGUAAUAUUAUACCCCUGAAAGGGGGGAAAUAUGAGAAAUUAUUCACACUGACACGUAGCAUCAGAGACUGUUCAGUCAGUUGUAAUGAUGAAUUGCAUAAAAUCAAUAUCAGUGAUGUAUUUAAAAAAAAAAAAAUUGUGGGUAAUUACAUUUACAUUUUAGUCAUUUAGCAGACACUCUUAUCCAGAGCGACUUACAGUUAGUGAGUGCAUACAUUUUCAUACUGGUAAUGAAUAAAAAAUAUAAACUCCAGUGGGCGAUCGAGAUAAGACGAACAACCAACGAUAUAAACGAAAACGUAUUACAUUUUUAGAACGGUAUUGUUUUGCCUUUUGAUGCAUUUUAGUGCUCGUCUACAGGGAAGAUAGGCCAGGUGGAGAUUUUCAUAUCAAAACAUAUAUUUAAUUUUUUCCCUAACUUGUUUGAUAAGAUUUGUACAGAUUUUCUCAGGGGACCCCACAUGGAGCCCAGACCCCAAGUUUGCGAACCACUGUACUAACCUCUCUCUCUCCUUGCUUCCCCUCUGUCUGUCUCCUCCUGCAUGAAUUGCAGCCUGCCUCAGCUUUACUGAGUGCCACAUCACUGGAUGUCUCAGUAGCCUACUCAGGAGUACAUUCAUUUCCAAUGGAACGCUGCGUUUGCCUUGCAGUAUUGUGUUGCAGAGGCAGUUGCAGUGCGUUCUGUGUGGUGCAUAGGUUGGAUUUAUCGAAUUUAUGCAUCAAUUUGUACACGUAAACGGCCUGACAGAAAUGGGAGCAGAAGGUAAAUGUUUAACUUUUGUAGCACACAUAUCCAGAUGAUGCUGCAUACCAUUUUGCGCAAUGACACUGUUUGUGUGAUCAAGGCAUAAAAGUAAUACUGGCCAAAGCCCUUCAACAUUAGAGCCAAUGUAUGCUUGAUCUGCUAUGUGGUUGGAGGCGCCGUAUGGAUGGUGUGACUCAAUGCUGGGCCUCCGGAGGCAAGCAGAGGCCAAAUUGAGCUCUGUACCGCAUCACCAUUCCCCUCUCAAAUGUUGUAACAAUAUGGAGGGCUCCGUAUAGCUCUGCAUUGACAUGAUUGGUUGACGGUAGGUGAGGGCGGGAGGUCCUGUAUAGACACAAACUCACUUCCUUGACAACUUCCUUCACAACAGCUCUGCUCCGCGAAGCUCAAGAAGUAUAAAUGCCCUGACUUCUGCAGAGGCCAAAUCACCGUAAAUGCUGCACGGCCAAUGCAGACCACAGAUUGACCAUGUAAGGCCUUUGAUCACCGUAAAUGCUGCACGGCCAAUGCAGACCACAGAUUGACCAUGUAAGGCCUUUGACUGCAAUAUAAAUCUCUACCCGCUGCUAGCCAAUUGACGGAUUAUUUAUAAGCGACUAUUUACCAGUUGUGCACUCAUUUUCAGUUUGUUUUUGUUUGUUUGGGCGAUGUCUGUAGUCGCAGGUCGGUUUAAAAAUGGCAUUUUAUCCGGUAUCUCGCAAACACACUGACAGCAGUGUCUCUAGCCGCCUACUUGAGCCGAAUCCAAGCUGGGGUUGUUCGUUUCACGCUGUCUCUGCGAGAGGGCGGAGUUAACCGUUUGAGAGAUUGGUGGAUAUAGGCUACUGCUAAAAACCCAAAUCCGGGGGGCGCAGGCUAAUUUAACGAACAAAGCACUGGUCAUGAUUCUACUUGUUCGCAAAGAGGCAGGCGCGAUUACAACUAAAUCACAUCAAAAACAUAAGCGUUCUGAGCUUUGAUCACCGCUGGGACCAAUAUAUAGAUGUUGACCCGUAAUUGAUUUUCUUUAUUGUGUACAAAAUAUAAACUUUUAUUCUUAUUAUUUUUUUCAUAUGAGAAAAAAGGACCUCAGUGUCCUCAUAUGUAGUUACGGCCCUGUGUGUGUGUGCCAGGUUGGUAACUGUGUCAGCAAAUAAGUAAUUGGUUUCUAUAAUAAAGCUAUAUUUUCAAGUCAACAUCCGUUUCACAUCUUUCACAUUUACAGUUUGCUCCUCUAUUCAUGUACCUUGGUUGGAAACGAGGUACUAGCGACAUACAUUUGCCUUUGUACAUGCAUGCUCAAGCUAAAUAAAAUCUAUUUGAUAAAGACCUUAUUAUCUUCAUUUCAUUCUUCUUGCAGGAAUUUGACGGCAAGCUGUGCAUAGUGUGUCCAAAGCACAAGUACAAGAUCUCUCUCGCCGAGGGGGAGGGCAUCUACAGGGCCACCAACCCCAAUGCCCCUGUGCCCACAACAAGGUGGUACUCCAAGGGCAUUAAGCAAAGAGUCCACACGGUGACCGAGACCGACAGGGACGUCUAUGUCACACUGUCCCACGUGUCCCGUUUUAUUGAGUCUGACUACUUCCAGGGAGAGAAGGGCAAAGUAGAGAGGGAGAGAAUGGAGGCCGAAGAGUCUUCUAAGAAAUCUAACACAACCUCCUGAUGGACUGCAUGUCAAUAGUCUAAAAUGGC